UUAAAAAAAAUUUUUUUUUUCUCAGUAUUGAGGUAGAUCAUUCCCUAUCUUAAGGGCUGAGAAGAUAAAAUGAAAAGGUCCUUCACUCACUACACCAUCCCCCAGCAAAGCUGCUGUUUAAGGUUGCUGCUGCUAAGCCUGGACUAAUGCUGACGAGCAGCAGGUGAUGAUGAAGCUUGCUUUCAAUUCCUGCUGCUGAGGGUCUGGCUGGGCUGAAAGGCAAAGAAUUCAUCCUGCAGAUUAGUUGAUUUAAACCCAAGAUAAGACCAAGUUGUGGAAACAUCUCGACCUGUCAAUGUUUUGUGUGAAAACAAUGUGAAAUCCCCCCAUACCUGUCACACAUGACUGCAAGCAGAGGCCUGUCCUGAUUUGGGUGAUGUGCACUCUGGAAAUAGCUCCUAGAAAGAAUGUCCUUGAGGCAUGGCAGAAGAAUGACCUUUUCUCUGUGGCAUGUGCAGAGCUUGAAGCUCCUGAGAGACACACAUUGGGGGUUCUCCAAUGAAGUCAUGUAUUGUGUUGACCUCCCUUUACUUAGCCAAGCCUGGGAUCUGUUAAUUUGGUGGGGGCAGUCUUGUGGGGGUGUUGGGAGGAUGUGCUGAAGGGUGAUGCUUGAUGCAUCUGGCACUGAAAGACAGUGUUAUUGUGUCUGUAAUCCCUAGUGGGGUAAUCCUGGAGGGGAUUUCUUAAUCCCCUCUUCACUGUGUACCCAUGCAGGUAACUGAGCAUGGCCUGCUAGGGGUAUCUUGCCUUGUCUGAUGUGAAAGGUAUAUAAUUUGCUGCAGACACAAGUCUUUCCUGAGAAAAAUCCCCCUCUGUUUUCUUGGAACAGCAAUUAAUAGAGCUGGUUAUCAAGAAAUGUUCUUACUUUUCUUUAACUACAUGAAGAAAGUCUGCUUUGCAAUAACAGGGGCAGAGACCCAUCAGGAAUCUGGUCAAGUAUGCUCUGGGCAGGAAUUACUUUUGCCCCUCAGACUGCAUGUUUCUGAGCUCAUCACCUGAGACGCCCAGGAAGAUGAUCAGCUGCAGAUUUGUCACCAUGAACAUCUUGUCAUUUGAGUCCAUCUGCAUUUUCCUGCUUUCCCAAGCUUUGCUGGUGUUGGGUAUACAACAAAUCCAUGUUGACCAGGAGAUGAUUGGCAAGAUCGCAGCUGCUGGCCAGUUGAUGCAGUGCUCUGCCUCGUUAGAUGUCCUUUUCCUCCUGGAUGGCUCCUACAGCAUUGGCAAAGGAAGCUUUGAAAGGUCCAAGCACUUUGCAGGCAAGCUCUGUGAUGCCUUGGACAUCCAUCCAGACAGAGUCCGUGUGGGAAUGAUACAGUUUAGCUCAACUCCCCACCUUGAAUUCCCACUGGAUUCUUAUCUAACCAAACAAGAAGUGAAAGAGAGAAUCAAGAGGACUGUGUUCAGAGGUGGGAGCACAGAGACAGGUCAGGCUCUGAAGUACAUUCUUCAUAAGGGUUUCCCUGGUGGCAGAAACUCAAGUGUCCCUGAAGUCCUGAUCAUCAUUUCAGAUGGAAAGUCCCAGGGCAGCACUGCAAUGCCUGCAAUGCAGGUGAAGGAAAGACACAUCAUAGUUUUUGCAGUGGGAAUCAAGUUUCCAAGGUGGGAGGAGCUGCAUGUGCUGGCCAGUGAGCCCCCUGAGCGGCACCUGCUCUUUGCUGGAGAUGCUGAUGAUGCUGCCAACGGCCUGUACAGCACCUUGAGUGACCCUGUCUGCACUGCCACUGCUCCAGGCUGCAAAGUUGAGUCCCACCCUUGUGAACGAAGGACCCUGGAAACUGUGAAAGAACUGGCUGGCAACUAUGUGUGUUGGAAAGGCUCAAAGCAGCCCAAUGCAGUGCAGGCUUCACUGUGCCCUUUCAUCAGGUGGAAGCGAGUCUUGAUAAAACACCCAUCCAGGUGCUUCCGAACUGUAUGUCCAGACCCUUGUGACUCCCAGCCGUGCCAGAAUGGUGGCACGUGUGUCCCAGAGGGACUGGACAGAUACCACUGCCUCUGCGUGCUGGGGUACGCAGCAGACGUCCACUGUGCAGCAAAGCUGAGCCUUGAGUGUGGCGUGGAUCUCCUUUUUCUCAUGGACAGUUCAGCAGGGGUCACACUGGAAGGGUUCCUGCGCUUCAAGGCCUUCCUCAAGAGAUUCCUCCAAGCCAUGGUGGGCCAGGACUCGCCAAUGAGCGUGGGGGUGGCCCUGUACGAUGAUGAUGUCAAGAUACCCAUCGAACUGGGCCAACACAAGGAUGCAUUCAGUCUCAUGAAGAGUAUUGAUGCCUUGAAUUUCAGUGGAGGAAGAACCCUGACAGGCAGAGCCCUGCAACACAUUGCACAGCACGGUUUUAGGAGUACCCCAGUCUUUGCAGAUGUGCAGGAUGAUCUCCCACGUGUGGUUGUCCUGCUCACUGACUCCAAGUCCCAGGAUUCGGUGGCAGAAGCCGCUAAGUACGCAAAGGACCAAAAUCUGUUCUUGAUCGGCGUAGGCAACAGCUUCAUGAGAGCAGAGCUGACCACAGUGACUGGCAAUCCACAGCAGACCAUUGUCUACUCCGACCCCCAGGACCUGUUCAACAGGAUCCCAGAGCUGCAGAGAAAAAUCUGCAGUGUGGGCAGUCCUGAAGGCUGCCAGGCCCAGUCUCUUGACUUGGCAUUUGCUGUGGAUGCCUCGUCUGGAGUUGGCCUGGAGAACUUUCUGCAUCUGAGGCGCUUUGUCAGGAGCAGCUGUUUGCACUUCGUCAUUGACCGGGAUGUCACCCAAAUUGCGCUGGUGAUCUAUGGCAGCAAAGCUCACACUGUGUUUGCUUUGGACACCCACACAAGCAACUCUGCUGUUGUCCAGGCCAUCGACCAGGUGCCUUUCCUUGGGGACUCAGCCUCUGCUGGAAGUGCCUUGCUCCAUGUUUACAGUGAUGUAAUGACCGUGCAGAAGGGAGCAAGACCUGGUGUCAACAAGGUGGUGGUGCUGCUCACCAAUGGAGGUGGCAUGCAGGAUGCAGCUGCCCCAGCUCAGCAGCUGAGGCACAACGGCAUCUUAGUGUUCGUGGUUGUUGUUGGGGAUGCAGAGAGGGACACGCUGCUGAGAGUUGCUGGGUCUCCCAGCUAUCUGGUCCACAUCUCCUCCUAUGAAGACCUGCAGUAUUACCAAGGGCUUAUCAUCGAAAGGAUCUGUGAAGAAGCAAGAAGCCCCGUGAACCUGUGCAAGCCCAACCCGUGCAUGAACCAGGGCGUGUGCAUCCUUGGGCCGGGGAGCUACCGCUGCGAGUGCCACGGCUGGGAAGGACCCCACUGCGAGACCAGAGUUCUCCGGGGUGACGCUCCGAGAUCUCCAGCCCUUCCUCUGCAUUCCCAUGUGAAGUGGAGUCCAAGGGGUUUGCAGCACUUCUCCAGAGCCCUCCAGCACAGCAAAAGGCAAAUGGAUCAGAGGCACUGACACAGAUGUGCCGAGGGCUCCAGUUCUCUGUCCAGGAACACUUUCUGCCACUCACAGGCAUUGUCCAGCACAGGGACUGUGUUGAGGCUAUUCCCAGUUCCUGUAUUGCACAAACUGGGCUUCCCAGUGCUCUCUUUCUUUUAUAAUUGAAGUAAAUACUUGUGUUUAAGUA